UUUUUCAGAAAUUCCUAUUUGAAAUUCCUGCUAAGGAUGAUAUAGAUUUACGAUGUUUUGCUUUAAAAACUUUCGUCAAAGGCUUAAUCUAAGGUAUAUUUCUUCGUUGGUGCAGAGUAAAGCAUAUAUUAAUGGCAAAUGGGUUAAAGCAGAGAAUAAUGAAGUUUUCGAAAUUAUCAAUCCAGCAAAUGGAUCUGUGGUUGGAUCUGUGCCUAAUAUGAGCGUAAAUGAUGCUAGCCAAGCAGUGCAGGCGGCAAAGAAAGCAUUUGAGUCUUCGCAAUGGUCCAUGUUUACGGCCAAAGAACGCUCGAGUUUAUUGAAGAAAUGGUAUUGUUUGAUUGAGGAAAACGCUGAUGAGAUAUCUUCAAUUAUGACUGCUGAGUCUGGAAAGCCACUAAAUGAAGCCCGUGGAGAAGUUGCUUACGGUAACGCUUUUAUUGAGUGGUUUGGUGAAGAGGCUCGACGAAUUUAUGGAGAGAUUAUCCCAAGUUCAACCAAGGAUCGAGAAUUAAUUGUAUUAAAAGAACCAUUGGGCGUAGCUGCGCUUAUAACCCCUUGGAAUUUCCCUAUGGCAAUGAUAACUCGAAAAGCUGGAGCAGCUUUGGCAGCAGGUUUGAUAUACAUAUUUACCAAUAAUACCCUCAAGUAUUCAUUAAUAUGGCAAGAGUUGGGGUUAUAGGGCUUUCGCACCUGG